CAACAGCCAUGGGUAUCAGCAAGGAGAGGGUGACGCCCAUCAAGGCGAACCUCAAAUGCCUUUUGAUCUGCUUGGCAGUCUCCAUGGCCAAUUGUCAGUAUGGCUUCGACACGGCCACCGUCGGAGGGUUCCAAGCCAUGAUCGGCUUUCUCGAGAUAUUUGGAUACCGGGAUCCAAAAUCCAAGACUGGCUGGGGCAUAGAAACACAGACCCAGCAACUGAUGACCAGUCUGAUCAACGUGGGCACCAUUGCGGGCGUUUUCGUCACUGCGCCAUUCGCACGGUACUUUGGCCGCCGGGAAGGCAUCUGGGUUGCUUCGAUGAUCAACUUUGUGGCUGCGGGUGUCCAGGUCGGGACGACUUCCAUAGGUGGCCUCUAUGCUGGCCGAGCUCUCAUCGGUCUCGCUAAUGGGUAUUUCAUCACCUUCGCCAAUGUUUACGUUGCAGAGGUCGCCCCUGCCCAUCUGCGUGGCCUGCUCGUCUCUUUCUUUGGAGUUUGGGUCAACAUCGGAAGUGUGCUAGGAGCUGUCGCGGACAAUUACUCCAAACAGCAUCUGGACAGAUUGUGCUACCAGAUCCCGCUGGCGAGCAUGUUUGCAGUGCCUUUUCUUUUGAGCAUAUUCAUGUUCUUCAUUCCGGAGUCCCCGAGAUGGUUACUCGUUCACAACAAGCCCGAGAAGGCGAAAAGGGCUCUCGAGAGGCUUCGGGGCAGUUCCCUGGCGCCAGAGUUUCUUCGUGAGGAAUAUGUCGAAAUGGCCCGCGGCAUUGAGGAGGAGAAGGAACUGGCGUCUUCGGCGUCUUACUUUGACAUCUUCAAGGGCACCGACUUGAGGAGAACCAUCAUCUGCUGGGGCACCAUCAUGUCGCACUCGGGCGCCGGGCUCUGGCUCAUCAUCGGGUACGGCACGUUUUUCUUCCAAAUCGCCGGGGUAGAGAAGCCGUUCGAGGCCUCGAUCAUCUCGACGUGCGGAAGCUUCGCGGGCGUGCUCGUGGGCCUCUACUUCACCACGAAGCUCAUCGGGCGCCGCACUUCGAUGCUCUUCGGCUCGGCCAUGGCUUCUCUCUGCAUGCUGGCCAUCGGCGUCGCGUAUGUCACAGGAGGCACAUCGAAGCCUGCGGGAUCGGCGAUCGUCGCCUUCAUGGUCCUGUAUGGCUUCUUCUACAAUGGCUUCUCCGGGACGCUCAGCUGGCCCAUCGCGACGGAGGUCUGCAGUUCACGUCUUCGGGUUCUCACCAUCGGUCUUUGCACGGGCGUUAAUUACUUUUUCAACUGGCUCACGUCUUAUACCGCGCCAUACUUCAUCAACCCGAACCAGUUGAACUGGGGCGGCAAAUAUGCUUUUGUAUGGGCAGGAUCGAAUUUCUGUGUCUUCCUCUUUUUCUUCUUCCUGCUCCCCGAAAUGAAAGACCGGUCCCUCGAAGAAUUGGACGAGCUCUUCCAGAACCGCGUCUCCGUCCGCGACUUCAAGAAGUACCAGUGCGUCAGCUCUGAGAGAGCACGGGAGGUGGCGCUGAAGGAGGUCAGUAGUGGUGGUGAUGGGGAAGGGACGAUGAAGACUGAUGUCGCCAUUGAGACAGUCGAGGAUACUACUGCCGCGGUGGCGUCGAAAGUCUGAAGUCUGUAUCUGGGUGAAUAUAGCGGGAUGAGAUAUGGGGUCGCUAGGUGGCGUAGGGGGGUGAGAUGAUGUCAAUGCGGUAGAGGAUCAAUCCCGGGCAUUGACGUGCUCGAUUGUGAAGGGACUGUAGGAAGAAAGCACCACCAUGAACAGGCCUUGCUAACAAGAG